ACGUCCACCGGCCGCGACCCUGCUAGAGGGGAGGGCGGCCCAGGGCUCGAGCUCGGGGAGCUGGGAGACGGGAGAGCAGAGACCGGACUGCGGAGGGCGGGUGGCGUCCGGACCCCGUCGGGGAGACGGGCGCCCGUCCCUGGGAGCAAAGAGUGGGAAGCCUGGCGGCCGGGCCCUUCCUCUCGGUCUUCCGAGCGCUGCAGACGGUGACUCGUGCUCCGGGGAGCGCCAGGGGCGCGGCGGGCAGUGAGGGGGACGUGGCGGGCGCGGACCCCCGCUGAGAAGGCGCACGAUGCCGCCCGCGACGGCGACCGCCACGGUCUCCCUCCGGGAGCUGGCCGACCUGGCCAUCGGCACCCCGGAGGUGGGCGCCGUCAACUUCACGGCCCUGCACACGCUCAUCGUGGCCAUGCUCCGGAGCCUCAACCUGCAGGAGGUGCGCAUCAACUUCCAGUCGCCGUCGCCCGAGUCGAGUCGCUCCUCGGAGCUCCCGCGGACCGUGCUCAGCGCCCCGCAGCUGGCUGUGCCCAAAGAGAAGCCGCGCGGCAGCUCGGCCAGGCCGCCGGCGCUGGAGAGCCAGGUGAAGGACCUCAGCAAGCAGCUCAAGGCCGUCACAAGCCAGGUGCAGGGCAUCAUGAGCCACGUGCAGCACCUUCCUUAUCCCGUGGGCCGGCCGCCCGUGGACUCCCAGGACUGGCUGGAGGAGGAGAUGGCCGUGCUGCUGCCGGACAGGGCUCGAAGAGGGUCGCUGAAAAUCGGGAAGGACGGCGAGCAGGACGGCGAGCGGGCCAGCGUCACCAAGGCCACGGUGCUGCUGCAUGAUGUCGCAGAAGAUGUGAAAGCCUUGAAAGAAGCCAAGGAGAAGGCGCAGGAGCAUUCCGAGAAAGCCUUCCAACGGAUGGAUGAACUAGAGAAGAUAAUCAGAGAACGGGACAAAUUCCUGGAUCUAGUGGGCCGGAAGUUGAGUUUGAUGCCUGUUGGAGAAGAAGUCACCAUGGUCACCUGGGAGGAGCUAGAGCAAGCAAUUACUGAUGGCUGGAGGGCCUCACAAGCGGGCUCAGAGACAACAACGGGACUCCUUAAACGCAAAAAGCAUACUUCCUUAACAUCAGAUGAUGGAGCCUCCACCAAGCACUCAAGUGCUGACCCAACUGUGGAUUCUGCAAAUGGUCAUGGUUCCGAUCGGACCUUAUCAGGAAUCAGUGCCACGGGAUACCCCUCUGAAGGAGUUGGCAGGGAACGAAAGAAAAGCACCCCCACUACUGCAUCCCCUGGUAGAGAACAGCACCCAAGGGCCCGUGACGAGGCUGGCGUGGCAAAGUCCCAUCACCCAUCUGUGUCCCAAUUCAGACUAGAGUCAGAUCGUCACAGGACUAGAGAGCUGCAGCCUCACACCUCAGCAUAUCUAAGAAAAGAUGAACGAGAGGCACACCCUGGUCUAGUUCAACAGGACUUUCCCUCAGCCACCGCGAUCAGAGAUCAGCAUCCUCGUGUGUACCCAGAUCAGCAUGGGGGGGUACACGUUAGCUACGGUCAAAUCUAUCCAAGGCCAGACCAACAUGGAAUAGCACCGCUUGGCAUGGAUCAGCUUGCAUCGCUCGAUCAUAGCACUUACCCACACAGUGUGGUACCCCUCAGCAUGGGUCAGCUUGGUAUGAUGCCACCUGGAAUGGAUGAGCAGGGAUCGGUGCUACCUGGCAUGGAUCCGCGUGGUAUGAUGCCACCACUGGUACCUGGCAGAGAUCAGCAAGGCUUGCAGUUACCUAGCACAGAUCAGCCUGGUAUGGUUCCAUUUAGCACAUAUCAGCACGGCAUGAUAUUUCCUGGCACAGACCAACAGCCUGAUGUGGCUCAGCGUGGAUUGGUACCUCUUCACAUGGAUCAGCAUGGAUUUUUAACAUCCGGCAUGGAUCAGCAAGGACUGGCACUGCCUGGCAUGGAUCAGCAGGGAUUGGUUCCACAUCUCAUCGCUCAGCAUGGUUUGGGACCAACUGGCACAGAUCAGAAUGCUUUAGUCCAGCCUGGUGCGGGUCAGCCUGGUUUGGUCCAACCUGGAAUGGAUCAGCGCGGUUUGGUGCAGCCUGUUGUAGAUGAAAGGGGUUUGGUUCAGCCUGGUGCUUAUCUACCUGAUUGGGUUCAACCUGGUGCAUAUGCCACUGGCUGGGUCCAGCCUGGUGCCUAUCCUCUUGAGUUGGUAUACCCUGAUGUAUAUCCAUCUGGUUUAGUACAGCUUGGUGCAGAUCAGCCUGGUUUGAUGCAACCUGGAUUGGGUCAGCAAGAUUCAGUCCAACCUGGAAUGGAUCAGUACGAUUUGGGGCAGCCUGGAAUGGAUCAACGUGGUUUGGUCCAACUUGGAAUGGAUCAGCGUGGUUUAGUGCAACCUGGCACAGUUCAGCCUGGUUUGGUGCAACCUGGUUCAGCUCAGCCUGGUUUGGUCCAACCUGGAGCAGCUCAGCCUGGUUUGGUCCAACCUGGUGCAGCCCAGCCUGGUUUGGUGCAGCCUGGUGCAGCUCAGCCUGUUUUGGUCCAACCUGGAGCAGCCCAGCCUGGUUUGGUCCAACCAGGAGCAGCUCAGCCUGGUUUGGUCCAACCUGGUGCAGCCCAGCCUGGUUUGGUGCAGCCUGGUGCAGCUCAGCCUGUUUUGGUCCAACCAGGAGCAGCUCAGCCUGGUUUGGUCCAACCAGGAGCAGCUCAGCCUGGUUUGGUCCAACCAGGAGCAGCUCAGCCUGGUUUGGUCCAACCUGGAGCAGCUCAGCCUGGUUUGGUCCAACCAGGAGCAGCUCAGCCUGGUUUGGUCCAACCUGGAGCAGCCCAGCCUGGUUUGGUCCAACCAGGAGCAGCUCAGCCUGGUUUGGUGCAACCUGGAGCAGCUCAGCCUGGUUUGGUCCAACCUGGAGCAGGUCAGCGUGGUUUGGUACAACCCGGAAUGGAUCUGGGUGGUUUGGUCCAACCCGGAAUGGGUCAGCGUGGUUUGGCACAACCUGGUUCAGCUCAGCCUGGUUUGGUCCAACCUGGAGCAGCUCAGCCUGGUUUGGUCCAACCUGGAGCAGGUCAGCCUGGUUUGGUGCAGCCUGGUGCAGCUCAGCUUGGUUUGGUGCAACCUGGUGUAGCUCAGCCUGGUUUGGUCCAACCUGGAGCAGGUCAGCGUGGUUUGGUCCGACCUGGAGCAGGUCAGCGUGGUUUGGUCCGACCUGGAGCGGCUCAGGUUGGUUUGGUGCAGCCUCGUGCAGCUCAGCGUGGUUUGGUCCAACCUGGUGCAGUUCAGCAUGGUUUGGUCCAACCUGGUGCAGCCCAGCCUGGUUUGGUGCAGCCUGGUGCAGCUCAGCCUGUUUUGGUCCAACCUGGAGCAGCCCAGCCUGGUUUGGUGCAACCUGGAGCAGGUCAGCCUGGUUUGGUCCAACCUGGAGCAGGUCAGCCUGGUUUGGUCCAACCUGGAGCAGCUCAGCCUGGUUUGGUCCAACCUGGAGCAGCUCAGCCUGGUUUGGUCCAACCAGGAGCAGCUCAGCCUGGUUUGGUCCAACCUGGAGCAGGUCAGCCUGGUUUGGUCCAACCUGGAGCAGCUCAACCUGGUUUGGUCCAACCUGGAGCAGGUCAAGCAGGUCAACCUGGCUUGGUCCAACCUGGAGCAGGUCAGCCUAGCUUGGUGCAACCUGGAAUGGAUCUGGGUGGUUUGGUCCAACCUGGAAUGGAUCAGCGUGGUUUGGCCCAACCUGGUUCAGCUCAGCCUGGUUUGGUGCAACCUGCAAUGAGUCAGUAUGGUUUGGCCCAACCUGGUGCACGUCAGCCUGGUUUGGUACAAUCUGGCGUAAGUCAGCCUGGUUUGGUACAACCUCAAAUGGGUCAGCCUGCUUUGGUCCAGCCUGGUGCGGGUCAACCUGGUGCAGGUCAGCCUCGUUUGGUGCAACCUGGAAUGGAUCAGCGUGGUUUGGUCUACCCUGGUGCUGAUCAGGGUGGUUUGGUCCAGCCUGGUGCAGGUCAGCCUGAUUUGGUACAACCUGGUGCAGGUCAGCCUGGUUUGGUGCAACGUGGAGUGGGGCAGCGUGGUUUGGUAGAGCCUGGCACAGGUCCACGUGGCGUUUUUCAACCUGGUGCCUAUCCACCUGGUUUGCUACAGCCAGGUGCAUAUCUUCCCGGUUCAGUAGAGCCUGGUGCCUAUCCACAAGGUUUGGUUCCACCUGGUGCCUAUCCUCGUGGUUUGGCCCAGCCUGGUGCACUUCCACGUGGUUUCAUGCAGCCUCUUACUGAUCAGCGUGGCUUGAGGCAACCCGGUAGAGAUCAGCAAGGCUCAAUACCAUCAAGCACAGAGCUUCGUGGCUUUCCGACAUUCCACCCGGAGUCUCUAAGAUUUAUAUCACCAUAUCCAUAUCAGCAUGGUGUAAUGCCUCCUAGCAGAGGUCAGCAUGGCCGGGUGUCACCGCUCCUCUCCGGUCAAGGCUUGGCACCACCAGGUACUGACCAAGAGGGUUUAUCAGAAACUUACCAGCCAGGUGUGAUACAUCCGGGCACAGACCAGGGCGGCCAAAUAAAACCAGGUGCAGACCAGCACGACCAGUCAUACUCUAUCCCAGAAUCCCGUGACCUAACGUAUCCUGGCCCUCGGGGCCCAGGCUUUCCUGGGGCAGAUCAGCUCCAGGUCAGUGUGGAUCCACAACAAACAUAUACCUCAGACCGAGCUGGAAUUUCUGUCCAGACUACCCCAAGCCAAGAAGCCACCUUUGCCAAGAGUACAGUCUUUCUCAACGAUCUCUACCGAGCCUCAUCGGAAAGGGUCGAUAUCCAGAGCGAAAGACAUGAUUCCCUGGAUAAAUUGUCUCCCAGCUUCCCUAUAGCAGUGGAAACAUUUCGUCUGAUGGGAGAGCUCAUUGGCCUUUAUGUAGAGCUCAAGGAGAACAUGAAGGAGCUGGAUGAGGAGAAGGCUGGCCAGACCGACUUAGAGAAGUUACAGUACUUGCUUUCACUCAUGGUCAAAAAGACUAUACCACCUGACCUGCAGGAACAGCUGAAGACCUUAAAGGCCUUGACCAAAGAAGUGCGGCAGGAAAGAGCCAAACUGGACAAGAUACAGAGGCUCCUGGAGGGCGAAAGGGAACAGGAAAUCGGAAAAGAAAUGAAAGACGACCAGCUGAGCACGCAGCUGGGAAUCCUCAGAGUCACCGUGGCCGACAUUGAGAAGGAGUUGGCCGAGCUCAGGGAGAGCCAAGAGCGGGGCAAGGUCAGCAUGGAACAUUCAGUCUCCGAAGCCUCUCUCUACCUGCAGGACCAGCUGGACAAGCUCAGGACGAUCAUCGAGAGCAUGCUGGCCUCAUCCUCCACGCUGCUGUCCAUGAGCAUGACUCCUCGCAAGAUCCUAACAGCCUCGGCACCUAGCCAGAUCGACCCUGAGACCACCUGCCCGGCCUGCAGCCUGGACCUGGGCCAUCAGGUCAGCAUGCUGGUGCAGCGUUACGAGCAGCUCCAGGACAUGGUCACCAAUCUGGCUGCCACCCGGCCCUCCAAGAAAGCCAAGCUGCAGAGCCAGGACGAAGAGCUGCUGGGCCACAUCCAGAGCGCCAUCCUGCAGGUACAGGGCGACUGCGAGAAACUCAACAUCACCACCGGCAGCCUCAUCGAGGACCAUCGGCAGAAGCAGAAGGACAUUGACGUGUUGUACCAGGGUCUGGAGAAGCUCGAGAAGGAGAAGGCCAACAGGGAGCACCUGGAGAUGGAGAUUGACGUGAAAGCUGACAAGAGUGCCCUGGAGGCCAAAGUGAGCCGGGUCCAGUUUGACGCCACCACGGAGCAGCUGAACCACAUGAUGCAGGAGCUGAUGUCUAAAAUGAGCGGGCAGGAGCGGGACUGGCAGAAAAUGCUGGACAAGCUGCUGGUGGAGAUGGACAGCAAGCUGGACCGCCUGGAGCUGGACCCCGUGAAGCAGUUGCUGGAGGAUCGGUGGAAAGCCUUGCGGCAACAGCUUAAAGAGCGCCCUCCCCUCUACCAGGCAGACGAGGCAGCGGCCAUGCGGAAGCAGCUCUUGGCACAUUUCCACUGCCUCUCGUGCGACCGUCCCUUGGAGACACCUGUGACCGGACAAAUUAUCCCUGUGAUUCCCAUGGGCCCAGGCCUGCCCGGGCACCGUUCCAUCCGCCCCUACACGGUCUUUGAACUGGAGCAGGUCCGGCAGCAGAGCCGCAACCUGAAGCUGGGCUGUGCCCCCUUCCCUCGGGGCGACUUGGCGCACACGGAGCGGAGCGUGGGACGCCUGCGCACCAUGCACUCCAAGAUGCUGAUGGACAUUGAGAAGGUGCAGAUCCACUUUGGAGGCUCAGUCAAGGCCAGCAGUCAGAUGAUCCGUGAGCUGCUGCAGGCCCAGUGCCUGAGCUCCCCCUGCCACAGACGGGUGCCAGAUAUGGCCGACUACACCUACUCGAGCGCGCCUCGGCGCUGCGGGGGCAGCCACACCCUCACCUACCCCUACCGCCGCAACCGCCUGCAGCACCUGUCACAGGGCCUGUACCCCACCGAGGAGAUCCAGAUCGCCAUGAAGCAUGAUGAGGUGGAUAUCUUGGGCCUGGAUGGACAUAUUUACAAGGGACGGAUAGAUACAAGGCUGCCGGGCAUCCCAAGCAAAGACACCCCGGUCUCAGCUUCGGGGAUGACAAAGCAUAAGGCCAAGCAGCCCCGGCCGCACACGCACCGGCAGCAGUCCCUCAGCGUCAGCAGCCAGCUGCCCUCCCGGCCACAAAGUGCUCAGAUGCUGGCUGGCAACAAUUCAGCUCCUUCCCAUCAGCGCAAAGACAGACCCGUCUCCUCCGAGGGGCUCCUCUCCCAGCCGAAUGUGGCCCACCCGCCCAGCCCCAGCGAGAUGGGAAACCGGCCGGCGGAUGUGGACGCGCACCUGGAUGUCCCGCCAGGGGAGGGUCUCGAGGAGCCCACCCAGGGGCCGAGGUCCACCACUGCUCACUGAGCAAAGCUACAAAUAAAUGUUUAGGAAGAA